AUGAUAGUUUGGGUCCAUGUGCCUGAGCUCAAGAUUCAUUUUUACCACAAGGAGGUUCUAAAUAGCCUGGGGAAUCUGAUCGGACGCACGAUCAAACUAGAUUACCACACCCUUACUCAACAAAGGGAGAAGUUUGCCCGUCUCGCUGUAGAAGUGGAUAUCUCCAAGCCUCUCGUCCCAAGAAUAUGGUUAGAUGAUGAUUGGCAGCCGGUUGAAUAUGAGAAUCUACCCUUCGUUUGUUUCGAAUGUGGGAAGAUCGGCCAUGCCUUUACUGUUUGCUCCCUGCUUCGACCAGCGUCGGUGCCGGAGUUAGUUGAGUCCGCCGGCGGGGAGAAGCAGGACCUCGCGCCGGAGGGGACUUCGGAGACCAAUGCAGGGUUUGGGCCAUGGAUGCUGGUCUCGCACAAAGGACGGUCGAAUCAGCGGGAGACGAGUAACAAAGGAAAGCAAAGGGAUUCGGGGGCCACAAUUCAGGUGAUCACCCCCAGAAAUGGAAAGAAUGGAACAAAAAGUAAAGAGCCGAGGGAUUCCUUACCGAUUCUGGAUCAACAGAGCUCGCCACCUCCCCAACGGUCAUCAGGUCAAGAAAGGAAAAGGAAUGGAGAAAUUCAAAAUGGGACGGAGAAAAGGAACGGUAAAGGCAUUAUGAGGGAGGAGGAGUCGCCGGCAGGUAAGGGGAUUCUUGGACCAGACCCAUCGUUGGGACCCGUGGCUAAAAAAGGGCUUAAGCCCAAAUCAGAUGCUUUGAAGGCGUCCACGUCGGGUAUACAGUCUGAAACUCCCCUGAUCCCGACUAGUGGGCCUAAUAGAGGAACUACAGCUGGGCCUCAAGCCCAAGGUGCCAAACCCACCACCUCCUUCACCCCUCCCUCAACUUUGGUGACCACGGGCCCAAAUGGGACAGUGAUGCAAGUGGUGCAAGUCCUACCGCAAAUUGAAGCGCCUCUCCAUCGGGCAGACCAGGCCUCACUGUCAACGGCGAACAGGACGAAGGGAAGGAAGAAUUCCAAGGGGCGAGUGAAGAAAGGGUCCCCUGCGAAGCUCAACCAUAUCCGUCCCUUCCAGCUCUGGUCGUCGAUGAAAGAGAAGAAGUCGAAGUCAAAGACCCGGAUGGCCUCGCUCACUCUACAAGAGAUAUCUGCCUGGACGGAGGUGGCGAAUCUACCUACGAGAACCUCGGUGGCGAAGGACCCUGUGGACACCUCGACCCUGGAUUUGAGCCACGGAGAACCAACUGGAGAGCCAUCUCUCCCAGCUAUCUAA